ACAAAUCUGCUGUUUUAUUAUAAAGUGUUACGUAGAAUCGUGGUUUUUAUGUUCUAAUGCUGCUACGUCCACAAUGAAUGAUAUUGGGUUUUUAAAAAAAUUGUAUUUUUAUAAAAAUGACGAUAAAGAAGACGCUGAAAAAGCAAUUAUGAAAUUUAUUAAUCAUUUGUGGUACUUGAGUGAAGAGUGUGCGGCUUUUUCAAUUUUUGAUAAAAGGUUAAGUAAUGAUACAAGAAGAAAAAUGGCUGAAAAAAUUAUGCAUGGUACUCCUAAAAAAGAAUCGCAAAAAAAGUUCAUCCUCAAAUAUGAAGAUUUACAACACUUUCUUAGCAAAAAAUUACCAUUAGAUAUUUUAGGGAAUAAUUCGAAAAACAUAUUUGAGAAAUUUAAUAUGUCUACUGAUUUUUUGAAAGAUCAGCCAGACAAAUGGAAAGAACAUGAAGGAUACAUUGAAGGAAAAAGAGUGGUAGAAUCAAUAAAAGUAGUCAACGAUACGGUAGAACAAGGGGUCAAACUUAUGACGGAUUUCAAUGAAAAGUUCACGAAAAAUGAAGAACAAAAGCAAUUUGUUUUGCAAGUAGUUCAAGAUUAUAGAAAAAAGUUUCCUGGAUGUAGUAAAGAUACCCUGAAAGAAUCAUAUAAUUGAAAAUUCAUUUUUACUAUCAUAAAUACAUUAUU